AUUCCGGAACUGCUGGAUAAAAACACUAGUGCAACGUGAAUCUCGAGUUCAGUGUAGUGCAGGUGUAUGAUCGGAACUGUUGUUAAUCCUAAUUUUAUACAAAUAUAUAUUGGUUCCAACAGUAAAGCUCCAUGGCAGCACUAAAAUAUGCAGGUUUGGAUGAUACCGAUAGUGAAGACGAAUUACCUCCCGGCUGGGAAGAGAGAACUACAAAGGAUGGAUGGGUUUACUAUGCAAACCACGAUGAGAUGAAGACGCAGUGGGAACAUCCAAAGACCGGGAAAAAGCGACGUUGUGCUGGAGAUUUACCGUAUGGAUGGGAACAAGAAACAGAUGACAAAGGCCAAGUCUUCUAUGUUGAUCACAUUAACAAGCGGACCACGUACUUUGACCCCCGGCAAGCGUUCACCGUGGAGGACGUGCAGCACAAGCCCAAACGCUACGACGCCAACACCCCUGCUCUGGAGAUCCUGCAGGGCCGCGACCUCUCGGACAGGGUGGUGGUCAUCACAGGGGCCAACUCGGGCAUCGGUUUUGAGACGGCGAGGUCUUUCGCCCUUCACGGAGCUCACGUCGUCCUGGCCUGUCGGAACAAGACCCGCGCCAACGAAGCCGUCGGCCUGAUCCAGAAAGAGUGGCACAAAUCCAGGGUGGAAGCCAUGAACCUGGACCUGGCCUCGCUCAGCAGCGUCAAGGAGUUUGCUGAGGCCUUCAAGGCCAAGAACCUAGCCCUGCACAUCCUGGUGUGUAACGCAGCCGUGUGCACCCAGCCCUGGAAGCUGACCGAGGACGGGCUGGAGUCCACGUUCCAGAUCUGCCACCUGGGCCACUUCUACCUGGUGCAGUGCCUGCAGGACGUCCUGCGACGCUCGGCCCCCGCCCGCGUGGUGGUGGUGUCCUCCGAAUCGCACAGGUUCACAGACCUGGUGGACACGUGUGGGAAGGUGGACCUCGCGCUGCUGUCUCCUGCUAAGAAAGACUACUGGUCCAUGCUGGCGUACAACCGCGCCAAGCUCUGCAACAUCCUCUUCUCCAACGAGCUGCACCGCCGCCUCUCCCCCAACGGCGUCUCCUGCAACGCCGUGCACCCUGGGAACAUGAUGUACACCUCCAUCCAUCGCAGCUGGUGGCUGAUGACGCUGCUCUUCAACUUGGUCCGCCCCUUCACCAAGUCCAUGCAACAGGGCGCGGCCGCCAGCGUGUACUGCGCCGUGGCCCCGGAGCUGGAGGGCCUGGGCGGGAUGUACUUCAACAACUGCGUCCGCUGCCCGCCGUCCGCCGAGGCCCAGAGCGAGGCCGCCGCCGCCGGCCUGUGGGAGCUGAGCGAGCGGCUGGUCCGCGAGAAAGCCGGGGCAGGGGCCCUCUAACGCCCCGGGGGGGGGGGGGGGCCCUGGUCCACACGCAGCCAGCCGCGGAGGAAGACAAAAAGGAGGGGAGGGGAGAAAGGAGG